GUGAAGACAGAAGGGAAAAGAUGAGGCAUGAAAUUAUGUUACAUUUGGACAAGGAUUGGAACCUUUAGCCCCAACUGCAACGUCACUCAACAUGAAAACAUGGGAUAGCCCCAAACCAGCAUGCUUGGGCUGGGUGGGGGAGGAACAGAGAGAACGUCAUUGUCCAAAUAAGGAGUGACGGGCCUAUAUAUGGAAAUUCCGCCUUAAGAAUGGAAACGAGGCGGGAACAAGAUGGCCACACCCAUCUCUAGGUAGAUAUCAAUGAGCAAGCUAAACUCCUUUACAGAAGUUAUUCACUGAAACUGGCCGAGCAAUAUUGUCCCGUAUAAUAAUUGUAAUAAUAUUAAUCGGGGAUUGCUUUGAACUCUGAUUUUGAAGGUUUAAAGAAUAAUUAAUUUUACUUACCUUUUUCAACAUGACGUCACUCGGAGAGCCUAUGGAAAUCAACAGUCAUGAGUUAGCCCGCAUCCUCAGGGAGAGCACCACAUCUGCUGGCUGUGUACUUUUGGACUGCAGACCCUUCCUGGACUUCUCCCUGGCACACAUAAACGAGUCCCGGAACGUCAACUGGAACUCGAUGCUGCGCCGCAGAUCCAAGAGCACCGAGGUUGCCCUCGAGUGGCUGAUCCCGGACAAGGCUCUGCUGGGCCGGCUACGGCGCGGGGAGUUCAGCCCGGUGGUGGUGGUGGUGGAUGAUGGGAGGAGGGAAGAGACCGUGGGCCAGAUGUUGCUAACUGCCCUGCAAAAUGAAGUGCACACGCAGAUUUGCUUCCUGCAAGGUGGAUUUGAGGAAUUUUCAGAGGCCUAUCCAGAACUUUGUUACAGCAAACAAGUCUGUGCAGGUGAACCAGAGCCAGUGAGCCAAUCUGGACGGAGCACACCUGCAUAUGACCAGGACGGUCCUGUUGAGCUGCUUCCCUUCCUGUUUCUGGGCAGUGCCGUCCACUCGUCACGCCGAGAGACCCUCACAGCAGCGGGCAUCACAGCGGUCCUCAACGUCUCCUCCUCAUGUUCGAACUUCUUCGAGGGGGAGUUCCAAUACCUUCGGCUCAACGUGGAGGACAGUCUAGCUGCAGACAUCGGAUCUUAUUUCUCCACAGCUAUCGCUUUUAUCGAUUCAGUGAAGCAGAAUGGGGGUCGGGUGCUGGUGCACUGCCAAGCAGGUAUCUCUCGCUCGGCCACCAUCUGUCUGGCCUACCUCAUGCACGCCCAGCGGGUUCGGCUGGACGAGGCCUUCGACUUUGUGAAGCAGCGGCGUGACGUCAUCUCGCCUAACUUGGCCUUCAUGGGACAGCUGCUGCUGUUUGAGAUGGAUGUCCUGUGUCAGGGCUGAAGACUACAAAUGUAUACUUUUUUGGCAUUGGAGCUUAUUAAGUGCGGUGAUGCUGGCAUCACUGCAUCCUCUUGUGGGACAACAUUGUGUAAGAAACUAUUUAUUUCCAUUUAAUGGGACAGUUUAUUGACAUGACUGUUGUUCAUGCACAUUAUAGAUAAGAGAUCCAACAUUUUUUUUUAGUCAAGUAAAAAAUUGCAUUGAAGCUCGUCUCUGUAUUUAUUUCAUACACAAGAGUUCCGUUGUACUUACACACAAUAACCUCAGGAUGUACUUGGUUUACUGGGGCGGUUUGCAGCGGUUCGAGGGUGAAGCUUCCUAAUCAAAGGCCAUGAUGUCGUGGUUCUUUGAUGUAGGGGGUGAGGAGGAGUUCAAGUAUCUCGGGAUCAUGUUCACAAGUGAGGGAGGGCAUGAGAUUGCUGCGGUUGCUGUACCGGACCGUCAUGGUGAAGACAGAGCUGGGCCAGAAGAUGAAGCUCUAGAUUUCAGUUGAUCUUUGUUCCGACCCUCACCUAGGGUCAUGAGCUCAGAGUGGAGCCGCUUAUCUGGAUGUCUGGAUGCCUGCUGAAG